AUAGAACGCGACAGCGACAUCUAGGGACUAGGAGGUCCAAGUAGCCUGUGGGCACUGGCUGGACCUCGCCAAUCUCCCCGCAGUGGCCGCACUUCCUGUACUGUGUGCGGGAUCAUGGAGCCUUCCCGCGUAGACGCUCCUGCAGCCAUGGAGUCCUGUGUGGUUUCUCCUACUGACUUCUCUCCAAAAUUGAGCACCCCCCGAGAGAGGAAGGUCGACGGUGAGAAUCGAUCAUUUAAGCAACGCUGGGAAAUGGAUUACUUGUUUGUGAAGUCCAAAAACAAACCCCAGUGCUUGGUAUGUCUUCAGAUAUUAGCGGUCUGCAAGGAAUACAAUGUCAAAAGACAUUACGUCUCUCAACAUGAAUUACAGUUCUCCAAAUAUACUGGCGACUUAAGGCUAGCAGUGAUCAAUGACUUGAAAACCAAACUGAAGAGCCAGUCUCCAGUGUCUAUGCCAACCAUGAAUACAGAAAAAGCAGCCAUAAAGGCAUCGUUCCUCAUCUGCGAAGAAAUUGUAAAAAGGAAAAAAGCCUUCAGCGAUGGAGCGUUUAUCAAAGAGUGUGCCGUCAAAAUGGCUCGUGCCUUUGGCAGCGAGGAAAUGGCCAAGUGCUUUGAGUCUGUGUCUCUCUCCCAUCAGACCGUCGCCCGCCGCAUUUCAGUCAUGGAUCAGUACGUCAGUCAAAAAGUAAACGAAGCUGUGAAGAACUGCUCUUAUUUUUCCAUUGUCGUAGAUGAGAAAACUGAUAUCACUGGUAGCAACCAGCUUAUAGUCUGUAUCCGUACGGUGGAUGAAGACUUCAACAUAUCAGAAGAAUUAUUACAUCUCAUGCCAUUGCAAGGUGCCGUGAAAGACCAAGAUGUUUAUGAGGAAGUGAAGAUGGCCUUGGCUGAACAUGGUGGCUUCGAUAGAUGUGUAAGCGUCAUUGAUGGUGCCAAGUCCACCGUCAUGAAGAACUCUGGUCUUGCCGGCUUGUUAAAACAAGAUGGCAUUGGAUGUUUGACGUUCCAUUGCAUUGUUCACGAGGAAGGAAUGGUGGGAACCUUGUUAAAAAUGUCCGAUAUAAUGGAGGUUGUGAUAAAAAUUACUACUAUGAUAAGAGACAAGAAAUGUGGUGUAACCCGCAGGAGGUUUAAAGCCCUUUUGGAGGAGCUGGAAGCCGCCAGCUGCGAUUUACCUCAGAAUAGACAUGUUCGUUGGUUAAAUGAAGGGAAUUAUCUCUGUAAGUUUUUCCGUCUCCGAAAAGAAAUUUACCUCUUUCUGACAGAAUUAAAAUCUGACCCUUUCCUAGAGGAACGUCUCUGUGAUGUUGACUUCCUCUGUUCUCUCGCCUUCUUGACAGACAUAACACUGACCUUAAACUCUUUGAACCAAAGUCUGAAGGAGAAGGAUCAGAGCGUCUGUCAGCUCUCUAAGCACAUCUCUGCGUUUAGGACCAAACUCAUGUUGCUGAAGUUAAAUCUGUUGCAGAACGAGCUGACCAAUUUUGAGUGCUGCAAUGAACUCUUCCAUGAAGUCAACGAAAGCGGUACCAUCUUGGACUUCAACAGAUUUAUCCCAAAGAUUGAGACGCUUAUUGAAAACUUUAACAGAAGGUAUCACGAGCUUAGUGAGCUAAACUCGAGUUUCCGAUUAUUCAGUGACCCCCUCUCUGUCGAUAUUAGUAACGCCGACGUACAUUACAGGUUGGAGUUAUCCGAAUUACAGGCGGACCUUUACCUUGCCUCCAGAGCAGAGGUGGGGGUGCCCUUCUUUAAACUCCUUGAUAAGAAACGCUUCCCCAAUCUACGAGAUCUGGGACUGAAGCUUGCCUCCAUGUUUGGCAGCACCUAUAUCUGCGAGAAGUCUUUUUCUGACUUAAAUCACAUAAAAUCCAAAUACAGGAAUAACAUUUCAAGCAGAAUGCUGCUACAAGCCCUGCGCCUGUCUACUACCAACCUUAGGAUGGACAUUGAUGAACUGCUCUCUCACCCGUCUCAAUGAAGGACACGGCCGUUCAAAGUGUUAUUUAUGAAGUCGGAUUUGUAUGGUUUGAUUUGUAAAUAUAUUAGUAGCUGGUUUACUGUUUUUGUGGGUUUUUUCCCUUUUGAGUGGAAAAAUAUUGGCUGCUGGACAGAAUUUUUUAUUUUUUUUAAUUUACUCCUGUUGGUCAAUUAUAUUGAGGAUAUAAUUUUUGGGG